UCUACGUCUUCUACUUCUUCUUCGUCGUCGUCUUCUUCAUCGCCAACAUGUCCGCCUCCAACGAAGACACGUUUGCCGAGGAACCGGACGGCAUGGAGGCGCAGGAACAGGACGAGGCCGCCAGCGACGACGAUGAGGGAGUCGACAUGGAGGAGGACGAAGGAGCGGACGGAGACGGCGACAAAAAAGUUUACUUGCCCGGAAUAGAGCCGCUUAAACCGGGAGAGGAGCUGCAGAUGGACCAGUCUGCCUACCGCAUGUACCACGAGUGUCAAACAGGCGCGCCAUGUUUGAGCUUCGACGUCUUGACAGACACUGAUGGAGACGGCAGGAAAGAGUUCCCUCUGUCCAUGUUGCUGUGUGCGGGCACACAGGCUGACACCGCCAUGGCCAACAGACUUCUGGUCAUGCGCAUGCACAAUCUUCACGGGACAGAGAAAGAAAAGGAGCAAGAGGAUGAAAGCAGCGAUGAAGAAAGUGACGAGGAGGAGGGGGAUGAAAGUAAAAAGCCGCAGUUGGAGCUGGCCAUGAUGCCUCAUUUUGGAGGCAUCAACAGAGUUCGAGUGACCCGGCGUGGAGACCAGGCACUGGCCGCCGUCUGGUCCGAGAAGGGACAGGUGGAAAUAUUUGAUCUGCGGCCUCAACUGGAGGCCGUCCACAGUUCUGCGGCCAUGGCGACGUUCACGCAGCAGCAGAAGGAAGCCGCGGCGCUCUUCAGCUUCUCGGGUCAUAUGACAGAAGGCUUUGCCAUUGACUGGUCGCCCUUGGUUCCUGGUCGUCUCGUCAGCGGCGAUAGCAAGAAGAACAUCCACGUGUGGGAGCCUCAGGAGGGCGGAGCCUCCUGGCGGGUCGACCAGCGGCCUUUCAGCUCUCACAGCAAGUCCGUCGAGGACCUGCAGUGGUCGCCCACUGAAGCUACGGUUUUUGCGUCAUGCUCAGUGGAUCAGUCCAUCCGUGUUUGGGAUAUUAGAGCCCCGCCAAACUCCAUGCUGUCAGCCAACCAAGCCCACGAGUCAGACAUCAACGUCAUCAGCUGGAACCGAGUGGAACCGUUCCUCCUCUCGGGAGGAGAUGACGGGCUUCUCAAAGUGUGGGACCUGCGGCAGUUCAAGACGGGCCGGCCCGUGGCCAACUUCAAGCAGCACUGCGCCCCCAUCACCUCGGUGGAGUGGAACCCGGCCGACUCGAGCGUGUUCGGGGCGUCCGGGGCGGAUGACGUGGUCAGCCAAUGGGAUCUGUCGGUGGAGUCGUGCAACGCUGGCGCCCGGCUGGAAGGCAUGAAAGACCUGCCCCCGCAGCUGCUCUUCCUGCACCAGGGCCAGUCGGAGAUCAAGGAGAUCCACUGGCACCCGCAGAUUCCCGGCGUGAUGAUCUCCACAGCGCUGUCGGGAUUCAACGUGUUCAGGACCAUAUCCGUGUAGUGUGUUGCCACCGCCGCAUGCUUCGUGUGUGUGAAAUACAGAAUUCCCCAAUGUACCUGGUCCCUGAGGAACAUCUCUUUUCAUACUUCCGGGUGGCAAAAGCGUUCUCCGGAGGCACCGAUUGUAAGCUAACCAAACCUUUUAUAGAUUUACACCCCCCCCCCCCAAAAAAAAA